GUUCCCAGAUAGAUUCACACGUUUGGAGCUAAAGAGAGCUGGGGCCACCGAAGCAGCGCAGACGGCCCAGGGUUUGAGUCUACAGAAGCCAACAGGUUGAGUUGUGAGAGAGGGAGAUAGAAUGAGAGCUGUGGGCUUAGUGUGGUGCGCCUGCUUGGGGCUGGGCCUGAUGAAGGCCACCUCGGCCAACUCUCUAUCGGAGCCUGAAGACCAAGAACUCAACGAGACAGUGGUGUGCACCAACAACCGCAUGGACGUUCUCAUCCCCAAGGCCUUCUUCCUCAACAAGGUCCCCCCUGUUUACGUCUGGGAUUUACAUCUGAACGAGCCGGCGUGUCGGGGCGUGGAGACGGGAGAGGACUAUGUGUUCAGCAUCAAAAACAACCUCUCGGACUGCGGGACGGUGAUGGCAUACGAUGACACACACAUCAUGUUUAGCAACACAAUCCGCAACAACGAUUCGGACAUCGUCACCAGGAACUACAUCAACAUCACCUUUGUGUGCCGCUACCCCAAAAACUACAUGGUGCAGCAGCCCGACGGAGAGAACCUGGUCCGGGUGGACAUCAGAACGAUCACCCUGACCACGGAGGACGGGAACUUCUCUGUGUCCAUGCUACUGUACAAGGACCGGGCCUUUGAGGACCGGUGGACCACGGUGCCCUCCCUGACCUUGGAGGACGACAUCUUUGUCAAGAUAUUCAUGAUCCCAGCUCACUUGACGCUGCGUACGGAGAGAUGCUGGGCCACCCCCACCAGUGACCCUUACAGCAACAUCCAGUACACCUUCAUCAAGGACAGCUGCCCGUUGCUGUCCAACCAGCAGACCCUCUCGGUGCUGAGGAACGGCCAGGGUCCUGAGGCCAUGUUCCGGAUACAGAUGUUCAAGUUUGUGGGCCGCUCAUACACAGACGUCUUCCUCCACUGCAACGUCCAGAUCUGCCACAGCACGCCGGGGCUCUGCCAGCCGAACUGCUCUACUACGGAGGAUGGCUUAGAGAGGUCGCGGAGAGACAUCUCCCUGUCCCAUACGGUAUCCUAUGGACCAAUCAGACGACUGCUGGGAGAGAGCGACCAACCAAACAUCAACGCUGGAGCCCUGCCCUCUGUAGGAACCUUGGUCCUGGGGGGCCUCUUGGUGGCGGUGCUGCUGGUCACCGGGUUGUUGGGCCGGCUGUGGCUCCGGUCCAGGCGGUCCUACCCGGCCCGGGAGGCCCAGCUCACACUGUCCAACAUCCACCACAUCUCAGAGGUGGCCUCCUGAGUGGGGCUAUGCAUGCUGGGAGGCGGGAGCUCAUGCAAUCAUGCACGCACGCAAACACACACGCACGCACGCACGCACGCACGCACACACAAACUGAGACACAUGAACAUAUGUGUAAUUAUACACACAUUCACACGAACCAUACUUAUAUAUACACACACACAGCCACCUAUACAAAUACACAGUUACUCAAUACCAUUUUGUAUGUAAAUAGUGUGUGGAAUGCAAAAAGAAAUGUAACAUAAAUAUGUCUC